CGCAACAGUAAUCAUCUUUUGCAGCUUAAAGACGCGCUAACUAGCUAUUACACUAACCGUAAUAUAGCUUAUCCGGCUAAUUUCAUUAUUUAGGUACCUAGCGAACCAACCACGCUAAACGUUAACAAGAUGCAAAAUUAAAAGCAGAACGAGGAAGCGAUGCCUAAAAUGAAUGCCCAUACGCUGUGGGAUUUGGCUGCAGCGGAGGUCCGGGCCGAGGAAGAAGGAACCUGUGGUGAUGAAGCUGAGAAAGAUGCCCAUGCUGGCUGCGAAAGAACUGUGGUUUUUAUGGGCAGUAAAGCUGGGGGUAAAACCACAAUAUUGCUCAGAUUUCUUGACAGAGAUGAAGCGCCCAAACCGACGCUUGCUUUGGAGUACACGUUUGGUAGGCGAGCAAGGGGACACAAUACGCCUAAAGACAUAGCUCACCUGUGGGAACUGGGAGGCGGCAUGUCAUUAGCAGAUCUAGUGCAGAUACCCAUCACCUCUCCCCAUGUCAGUGAUCUCUCUGUGGUACUUGUCGUGGACCUGUCUAAGCCCAGUGCUCUCUGGGGCACCGUGGAGAAGCUUCUCCAUGCAGCCCUCAGCCAGGUGGAGAAAGCAUCUGCCUUACCCCAGAGGCCCAGAGAGUCUGGACGACACCAUCAGCAGGGCCAGCAAAGCAGAGGCUUGCGUAUCCUCCCCAAGGAGCACCCAGACAGAGAACUCAUCAGUCCCUUUCCUGUGCCUCUUCUGCUCAUUGGUAGCAAGUUUGACGUCUUUCAGGACUUUGAGUCAGAGAAGAGGAAGGUGAUUUGUAAGACCCUGCGUUUCUUGGCUCAUUACUACGGGGCAUCGUUGAUCUUUACCAGCAGUAAAUCAGAGACCACAAUGUCUAAGGCAAGGAGCUUUGUCAGUCAUCUUGCAUUUGGAACAGAGAGAGGAAAGUCUGUCUCUACAGACCCCAGCAAACCUCUUGUAGUUCCAGCAGGCAUGGAUUCUCUCAGUCAGAUAGGAUCACCUGCUACAGUUGAUGUUGAUAUCGGGACCCUGCAUGCUAGAAACCCACUGGACCUGUGGAAGAAAGUUUUCGAAAGGGUUUUCCCUCCAGAGAGCACUAAGGAGCAUGCAGAGUUGAAGGAUCCAGCCAGAGAUCCCCAGUAUAAGGAGCCCCUUAUAGACUCAAUGAGGGCACAGAAAGACCAGGAGCUGGAUCAGUAUAAGCGGGAACAGGCAAAGUCAUGGAAAGGCUUGGAGAUCUAGAUCUGCACUUACUGGGGAACCAGAUCCUAAAAAGCUUAACAUCACUGUCUGACGCCUAUGUAUUUCUAAAUUUUAUUCUGAAAAAUCCUCUUUGAUACUAUAUUUGUGCUGUAUAAUAAAGCUGUGUACAUGUAAUAAUAGAAAUGACUGGUUAAAUAAAUACCAUGUGAUUGUGAAA